AUGGUCGCGAACGAUACAUUGGUUCGCGAAUGCAGUUACACAGUUGAGAACCUUCGGCCGAAUGGAGUGUACGAAUUUCGGGUCCGUGCACGGAAUGCCGAUGGUCUGGGAGCACCUAGCCGUUCAUCAGGGGCCACUCACAUAAAACCCGCGGCACCUCAGCGUGGAGCUGGUUCACGUCCCAUUGCCGCUAGUCUGCGGCCACCGGGCCAGCCUCAGUUGGUCGAAGCUGACAUGGAAUGGGUUAAGCUGGAGUGGGCACAAUCUGAGGAAGGCGCUGGCUAUAUAGUAGAAUUUCGAGAAGUUGGAGAUCCGAACUGGUACACUGCGAAUCAGCACCCUAUCGUCCAAAAUUGUAUUCAUGUGGAGGGACUUCGACCAGGGUCUACAUAUGAAUUUCGUGUCAUAUGUGUCGCUGGUGAUUCAGCUUCUAUACCCUCUGAAGUUUCUGAUGUUAUCUCUUUGCGUCCACUGUGGAAGCCUACCUCAAUGCGCGGUGUUCCCGCAAAGCCUCAAGCACCUGAGUAUUUAGAAGUUGAUGGUGAACGGAUAACAAUUUGCUGGUUACCUGCUCACAGUACUCUGCCUGUUUUGGGUUAUGACGUUGAAUUUCGUGAUUUUCAACAAGAUGCCGGUUGGUACAAAGUAAAUGAUCAGCCCGUGCACGCCUGCAAAAUGACGGUUGGCGAUCUAAUCGUGGGACAUGAGUAUCAGUUUCGAGUGCUGGCUCACAACGUUGUUGGUUGCUCAGAGGCAUCCGAACCAUCUCCGCCGGUUACCAUACAUGCAAGUGCAACUGGUGAUGCGAAGUACGUUGAAGCUGAAAGAUUUGGAGCGAUAAGGUUGCUGCAAGAGGAGAUGAUUCGAGAAUCUCCACCUCUUCCUGAGAGAGAUGAUUCGCCUCCACCUCUGCAUCGUGGGAAAGGUUCUGACAAGUUGCAAUGGCGUGACCCAUCAUUGAAAGAAGUAAUCGACUACCUCGAUAAUCCUGAUAGAGAAAAACAGCUGAACGCCAGCGGGUAUUUGCAGCAUUUGACGUACAGUGAUAAUCUGAUCAAGGAUGAAACGAGAGAGUAUGGUGGAAUCCCCAAGUUGAUACAGUUGCUACGGAGUGAACUACCAGUGAUACAGAAGAACGCUUGUGCAUGUCUGAAGAAUCUAUGUUAUGGGAAGGAAAAUGAUAGGAAUAAGCUAGCUGUCUUGGAUGGUGAUGGUAUCAGAAUGUUAUCAUCCUUACUGCAAACUACCCACGAUCCGGGAGUUAAAGAGGAGGCCACCGCCGCUUUAUGGAACCUGUCCAGCGCCGAUAUGCUCAAACCGGUUAUACUAGAAGCGGCAACCGAAGCAUUGGUUCAGCAGGCUUGUCCACCAUCAAAUGGAUAUCAGCAUAAUGGCAUCGCAAACGACAGCGACCCGUCUCGCCAUUAUAACUCGGCAACCUUCAAAAACGCUACGGGCGUAUUGAGGAAUAUCAGCGCAGCAAAUGCCAGUGCACGGAAGCGACUCCGUGGAUGUCCAGGUCUCAUCGAGAGCUUGGUGCAGUUUCUGACAAUUGCCAUCCAGCGAAAUCAAGUGGACUCGCAAUCGGUGGAAAACGUCGUCUGUUUGCUCCGGAAUCUGAGCUACAGAAUACAAGAAGUAGAAGAUCCAAACUACGAUCCUGCUACCGCACAUGUGCUAGCCACUAGAGGAGGUAAUAAGUCGGCACCCAAUAGCCCCAAGCCCAAGAAGGAGAAAGAGAAGAAGAAGAUAGACGUUGCACGAGAAGCUGUCACGGUAAGAGCUAGAGGGUUUUGUUAA